AUGAGUGAGGGCAGGUGUUCUGUGGCCCUGAUGUCUUCCGUGGUGGCUCCAGCCAAGGAGGCCAACGCCACGGGCCCGAAGGCGGUGGAACUCGUACUGCUCAAGGGGCAAAACGGGGUGCAGCUCACGAACUCCACCCUCCUCAACCCCCCGCAGAGCCCCACGGAGGCCCAGGAUCGAGAGACCUGGAGCAAGAAGGCCGACUUCCUCCUCUCCGUGAUCGGCUUCGCCGUGGACCUGGCCAACGUCUGGCGGUUCCCAUACCUAUGCUACAAAAACGGCGGGGGUGCCUUCCUGGUCCCCUACCUGUUCUUCAUGGUCGUCGCCGGCGUGCCGCUGUUCUACAUGGAGCUGGCCCUUGGGCAGUUCAACAGGGAGGGGGCGGCAGGCGUCUGGAAGAUCUGCCCCAUCCUGAGAGGCGUGGGCUACACCGUCAUCCUCAUCUCGCUCUACAUCGGCUUCUUCUACAAUGUCAUCAUCGCCUGGGCGCUUCACUACCUGUUCUCCUCCUUCACCACCGAGCUGCCCUGGACGCACUGCAACCACACCUGGAACAGCCCCCGCUGCUCGGAUGCCCGCGCCCCCAACACCAGCUCCGGCCCCAACGACACCCUGAGGACCACGCCCGCCGCCGAGUACUUCGAGCGCGGCGUGCUGCACCUCCACGAGAGCCAGGGCAUCGACGACCUGGGCCCUCCCCGCUGGCAGCUUACCUCCUGCCUGGUGCUGGUCAUCGUCCUGCUCUACUUCAGCCUCUGGAAGGGGGUGAAGACGUCCGGGAAGGUCGUGUGGAUCACAGCUACCAUGCCGUAUGUGGUCCUCUUUGCACUGCUCCUGCGAGGCAUCACUCUCCCGGGGGCCGUGGACGGCAUCAGAGCGUACCUGAGCGUGGACUUCCACCGGCUCUGCGAGGCCUCGGUCUGGAUCGACGCAGCCAUCCAGAUAUGCUUCUCGCUGGGCGUGGGCCUUGGGGUGCUCAUUGCCUUCUCCAGUUACAAUAAGUUCACCAACAACUGCUACAGAGACGCGAUCAUCACCACCUCCGUCAACUCACUGACGAGCUUCUCCUCCGGCUUCGUGGUCUUCUCCUUCCUGGGGUACAUGGCCCAGAAGCACAGCGUGCCCAUCGGGGAUGUGGCCAAGGACGGGCCUGGGCUGAUCUUCAUCAUCUACCCCGAGGCGCUGGCCACGCUUCCACUGUCGUCCGUCUGGGCCGUGGUCUUCUUCGUCAUGCUGCUGACCCUGGGCAUCGACAGCGCCAUGGGCGGCAUGGAGUCUGUGAUCACCGGGCUUGCCGACGAGUUCCAGCUGCUGCGGCGGCACCGGGAGCUCUUCACGCUGCUCGUCGUCCUGGCCACCUUUCUCCUGUCCCUUCUCUGUGUCACCAGCGGCGGCAUCUACGUCUUCACCCUGCUGGACCACUUUGCGGCCGGCACGUCCAUCCUCUUCGCGGUGCUCACGGAGGUCAUCGGGGUGGCCUGGUUCUACGGUGUGUGGCAAUUCAGCGACGAUAUCAAGCAGAUGACCGGGCGGCGGCCGAGCCUGUACUGGCGGCUGUGCUGGAAGUUCGUCAGCCCCUGCUUCCUCCUGUUUGUGGUCGUGGUCAGCAUCGCGACCUUCAGGCCCCCGCACUACGGAGCCUACGUCUUCCCCGAGUGGGCCAACGCACUGGGCUGGGCCAUCGCUGCGUCCUCCAUGUCUGUGGUCCCCAUCUACGCCGCCUACAAGUUCUGCAGCCUGCCUGGCUCCUCAAGGGAGAAACUGGCCUACGCCAUCACGCCCGAGACGGAGCACGAGCGGGUGGACAGCGGGGAGGUGCGCCAGUUCACGCUCCGCCACUGGCUCGUGGUGUAG